AUGAUCACUUCUAGGCAUGCACCAAUCCCGAUUCCAAACAAUCCGAUUCCAAUUCUAGAAUCGGAAUCGAAUGGGAUUGGUUGGAAUUGGAAUUGGAAUCGAAUGGAAUCGGUUGGAAUUGGAAUUGGAAUCGAAUGGAAUCGGUCGGGAUUGGGAUUGGAAUCGAGUGGAAUUGGUUGGGAUUGGGAUUGGAAUCGAAUGGACUUGGU